AUGUUGUUUCUACUUCACAAGGCUCGUCGCCCGCUCGGCGACCGUCCGUACGCUAUGAAGGCCUUGAAGGACGCCAAGCGCAUACUCAUUCAGGGUAACGACACCGACUGUGGAGUGUUCGUGUGUAUGUACCUGAACGGACUGGUCAGCACGGGAUUCAAGACGGUGUUUACCUGGGUGUCAUGCAACGGCGUCACAUCACGCACCUACAGGAGAGGCAUGCGCAGGGAUGUGGCCAGUCAUGCAGUGGGGGAGCUGUUUGUGCAGCUGUACAUGGAGGAAGUCGAGGUGCUGCCCCAGCCGCAUGCGCGUGUAGACGACGACGGUUGCAUGCUGUUUCCAACGGAGGACGAGGUCAGAACGGACCUGGCGCAGCUGUCCCCCGAUAGGAACAGCAUGGAGGUGGAUGGUGUCCUCUUGGCAGCCGCCGUGAUGAGUAUCGCCUCAGCGCUUGGGUUCACCCAGGAUCAGCUGGAAGCGGCGUGUGCCCAUGAGUUGGGUACGCAUGGGACGGGACUCCUCAGGCGGUCAAGCAUGGGCGACAGGAUGCGGGAGCGUGAGGCGGCGUCGAGUUUGCUGACCAGACUCCUACACAACUCCCCCGCACCACUACCUCAACCCCGGUUUAUUAGUGUUAACUUCCCGUACACUGAUGGCGCUGGCGACGAGCAACAAAGGGGACACGUCUCUAAGACUGCCAAUCCAAAGACACCAGACAGGACGCCCGUGAAGGGUCAUGGUGCCGGCGUCCGCAUGCCAAGGACCAGGGCCACCAAGGUGAAGGCAAGCGGUACAGGGGGUCUGGUGAAACGUGGGGGAACGAGCGAGUACACCGGGGUGUGGUACGACCUCCGAGAGGAGGACGCGGCGUAUGCGUACGCCGCUGGCGCGUUUGUGAUCAGACGGAAGGACCACUUCCCCAAGAUGAUGUCAUUGUCAGAUGCGGAGAUGGCUGCACUGGAGGGGGCUAUCGUGGAUGACGUUAGGCAUCUUGUACAGAAGCGCAAAUGGUACAGGUGGAGGGAGUGGCGUAAAGCCAUGGACUACAUUGGUGUACUGCCAGGAACACCCUUCAAGCCGGAGCCAGGUGCGGAGUCGCCUCCAACGAAAGCAGAGGCAGCUGAUAGCGAUACUCGAGAUGCUGAAGAAGAUGAGGAUCUGGUGAGCGAGGAUGACAAUGGGGGAGAAGACAGCAACAUGGACAGUGGCAAUGAGAGCGGUAGAGUGUCCAGGGACGGAAAACGUCAGCGUGUGUCCAAGACCCCGUCUCACCUGAAGCACUACGUGCUUCCUGGAACUUCCAAGCGUCCACCGCGUCGACGCCCCCCUCGCGACGCGAGAGAUGAUCGGGAUGGCUCGAGCUCUUCGUCGCGCGAGACGACGUCGAAUCGCCGCAAGGCUGGAACGGCCCGGUCGCAGGAGGAUGCGCGCACCGCGCGGAGUGGAAAGAGGAGCAGGGACCCAGACCUAGAGGACGAUGAAGGGCGUGAAGAACCUGCAGCGACGGGCCCGGGCCCAGUGUCGUCAGACGACGACCCAAACGAAGCUCUUCCAAGGGUCAAUCCGCGCGUCGACGGCGACGAAGACGCCACACAGGAGGAGGCCUCAGAUUCCGCGCCCGUGACCAGGGCGGAGAUGACGGCGCUGCGCAAGAUGCAGAUGGACACGGCAGCUACAAUGGCACGGCUGGAGACGGCACUGCUGGCCUCGCUGGCCAACCACCAGGCGAAGAAGCGCAAACGUGACAACGCAAGAGGCGAGUGCGACAGGGUCAACCCACGUGCGGACGUCGAGCUCACCGAUCCUGCAGUGUGCGCUGAAGAAAUCUGCGAGCAGCUGUGUGUGCAUCCCUUCAUCAACACUCCAGACGCGCAGAUGUCGUUCUACCCCAGUAGUGCGGCGAAGAGUGCCGGGCUAUGCGCUGUAAUUGAGCGUCUGACUCCCACCUUUGCUGCUCUCGCAAUGGCUGCGGACAAAGUGUGUCGCGCUGACCUGAACCGUACGCUGAGCGAUUGGAAGACGGCGGCCGCGGGCAGGGUGCGAGACAUCGCUCUGCCGAAGCUGGGACUUUUCCGCGACGAGAGGGACGCGAGCAGCCCGUGGGCUGCACCAAGGGCCCGGUCGGCUGCGAGAGUUCAGGAGCGUCUUCUUCUGACGCUCGAUGGGGAGGGUAAGGCUGUCAACCUGGUUGGUUUUUGCUUGGGCGGUUGCAACAUAAUGACGCACGUAUGGCCGGAUGGUUGUUGUGCAGACCACUUCGUGAUCUCCAAGUGGAGCGAGGACAGGCGCGGCAUGCCAUUUGCGUUGGGCGCAUUUGCUGCUUGCGCUCGCGCGGCGUUCAGGCCCCGGAUGGUGAACGGGACGCUGACGUUGAAGCUGUAUCACAUGGCGUGGCUCGAACACGUGGUGACCGACGCGAUCCGCUUCUGGGACACCCGCAAGGGCAGGCUCUCGAACUCUGCGGGUGUCAACGCGCAGAUCGUGGACGGCCUCCGCGAGUGCGCGCUCGUGGACGUCAUGGCUGCCAUCGAGCAGUACCAGCUGCAGUACGACCCCACGACGUCGUCGUGGGCGUGGGGCCGCCAUGGGCUGCGCCUGUCUGCGGAUGGAGUUGAGAGGCAGGAGCCCGCCAAGCAGGCACACAGCGAGAGCGACGGCUAG